AGAGACAGCUCUGGUUUCAAUUGUCUUAAUUCUAACAGGUUGGCGUGACCUUUGAGGACAUUGCCCUGUACUUCUCCAGGGAGGAAUGGAGCCUCCUUGAUGAGGGUCAGAGACAGCUGUACCUGAAUGUGAUGCUGGAGAACUUUGAACUUAUAUCCUCUCUGGGUUGUUGCUGUGGAACAGAGAAUGUGGAGGAACCCACUGAACAGAACGAUUCUGUAAGAGUGUCACAGGCAAGGAAUCCCAAGUUAGCCUUGUCUUCCAAGAAGAGCCACCCCUGUGAGAGUUGUGGACUAGUUUGGGGAAACAUUUUCCACUUGACUGAGCUGCAGGGACAGAUAGUGUUGAGGUGUGGGGCAUGUGCAAAACAAUUUUAUUUCAGUGCAAAAUCUCAGCAGCAGCAUGUGAGAGAGAACAUGUUGAUUAGAGGUGUGGGCAAGAUGUCACUUUCAAACAUCUGCAAUUUCAAUGUUUACCAGAAUUAUUUCACCUGUAGGGAGGUUGGGCAGGGCACACUUACCUGGUCAGGACAUCUUCAUCUUAAGGCUUCUCAGACCAGGGACAGGCCAAAUGAUAUUUCAAAGGGUGGAUUAGCAUUUCAAAGGAGAAAAAGGUUUUACACCAGAAAGGAAUUUGAGGAAGACAUUGGCAGUAGUAAUCUUCAUCGUCAUCAUCAGACAGUUCACACUGGAGAA